AUGUUUGGGAGAGACACCGUUCAAAAUCACACUCAAUGUAUUACUGAAGCGGAGAAGUAUGGUCCGAAAGGCCAAGGUAAAGCUUUGAAUGGUUCAGCUGCCAAGUCGGGCAAAGAUAAGAAGCAAAGGCCAGAGGUUGAUAUUAAUGUGGGUUUAUCUAAUUGUCCUCCUUGGUUCUGUAGUUGUUGCAAUACAAGAGCUACAAGCCAGCAAGCGCUUCUUCUCCAUGCUGAAGGAAAGAAACACGGGGCAAAAGCCCAAGCAUUUCAUGCUUCGCAGCAGCCAUCCGUCCAGGCAGAGAAACAUGCCCCUGAUGCAAAGGAUGCAGUAGAGGCUGCUUCUGAUGGUGUAGCGAAGAAAGAUGGCAUCAAUGCGGAGCAUCCCAAAUUGCAAGAGCCUUCUGAAGAAAAUAACUUGAAACCAGCGAGUGAAGUUUCUUCAGAAAAGAAAAAGAGGAAACUUGAUGCAACAAAGGGUGGUCUUAUUAAAAAAUGCAAGAUUGACGCUUCUGUUGACACAAAAAAUGACGAAGUAAUUCUAGGCGAGAAGACUAAAGAUAGGAAAAUAAAAUGGAAGAAGUUUAUCAAAGCAGCCUUGAAAUCUCAUCCUGGUGGAUUGAAGAUGAAGAAAAUGAGAAAAGUUGUAUUCAAAGCGCUGCAAGAAUCUGGCAUUGUAGUAAAUGAAAAUGAAUUGAGUGACACCCUUGAUCAGAAUAUAAGUUCUAGCUCUAAAUUGCAGUUAAAAAGAAGUUUGUUUGAUUAG